GGCGCAGAAAGCUCCGCCUCCUGCCCCGCGCCGGCGCCGACACGAACGCGCAUGGAGGGGCGCGCGAGCCCCCCAGGCGCAUCCCGCGCCCGCUACGUGGCGACGGUGCUGUGUCGAGGGCCUGUGGAGCCGCUCAUUUUCCUUGCCAACUUCGCCUUGAUCCUGCAGGGCCCGCUCACCACGCAGUACCUGUGGCACCGCUUCAGUGCCGACCUCGGCUACAAUGGCACCCGCGACAGGGGCAGCUGCGGCAACCACAGCGCGAACCCCACCAUGCAGGAAGUGGAGACCCUUACCUCCCACUGGACCCUCUACAUGAACGUGAGCGGCUUCCUGGUGGGGCUCUUCUCGUCCACCCUGCUGGGCGCCUGGAGUGACUGUGUGGGCCGCCGCCGGCUCCUGGUGCUGGCCUCCUUUGGCCUGCUGCUCCAGGCUCUGGUGUCCAUCUUUGUGGUGCAGCUGCAGCUUCAUGUCGGCUACUUCGUGCUGGGCCGCAUCCUUUGUGCUCUCCUCGGUGACUUCAGUGGCCUCCUGGCUGCUGGCUUUGCCUCCGUGGCAGAUGUCAGCUCCAGCCGCAGCCGCGCCAUCCGAAUGGCCCUGCUGGAAGCAUGCAUCGGGGUGGCGGGGAUGCUGGCGAGCCUCCUUGGGGGCCACUGGCUCCGGGCCCAGGGUUACGCCAACCCCUUCUGGCUGGCCUUGGCCUUGCUGAUAGCCGUGACUCUCUACGCAGCAUUCUGCUUUGGUGAGACGGUGAAGGAGCCGACACAUGCUCGGCUCUUCACUUUCCGUCACCACCGAUCCAUUGUCCAGCUCUACGUGGCUCCGGCCGCGGAGAAGUCCAGGAAGCAUUUAGCCCUGUACUCAUUGGCCAUCUUUGUGGUGGUCACUGUGCACUUUGGAGCCCAGGACAUCUUCACCCUCUAUGAACUGAGCACCCCCCUCUGCUGGGACUCCAAGCUGAUCGGCUAUGGUUCUGCGGCUCAGUACCUCCCAUACCUCACCAGCCUGCUGGGCCUGCAGCUUCUGCAAUACCACCUGGCUGACACCUGGGUGGCCGAGAUUGGCCUGGCCUUCAACAUCCUGGGGAUGGUGGUCUUUGCGUUUGCUACCAUCACACCCCUCAUGUUCACAGGGUACGGGCUCCUCUUCCUGUCGUUAGUCACCACACCCGUCAUCCGGGCCAAGCUCUCUAAGAUGGUGCUCCAAUCAGAGCAGGGUGCUCUCUUUUCUGCUGUGGCCUGUGUGAAUGCGUUGGCCAUGCUGACAGCCUCUGGCAUCUUCAACUCGCUGUACCCAGCCACCCUGAACUUCAUGAAGGGGUUCCCCUUCCUCCUGGGCGCUGGCCUCCUCUUCAUCCCGGCCAUUCUGAUAGGGAUGCUGGAAAAGGCUAAUUCUCAACCUGAAUUCCAGCGGUUUCCCCCUAGCCCCUGAUCUGCCUGGACCAGAGGACAGAGGGCAAGAGGAACGAAGUGAGCACUCACCAGCUGGCAGCAGGCAUCUGGGAUCCCAGCUCCCAGCAGCACCGGCAGCUCCCCUCCA